CAGUUUUUGAUUAUUUACGCUCUAAAGGCACAGCAGAUCUUGCUCGUUCACUUUGUUCUGCGCAGGAAAGCAAUGGCACAUUUUCACCACAAACAUUAACCACGUUACAUCCAUUAAUUCCUUCACCGAAAAGUGCAGUUGAAUCUCUUAAACUUUUUGUUAGUAGACCAAAACUUAGAAAUGAUGUUGAUUCAAUUUGGCAUACAGCCUUUACGAUUUAUUACCUUAAAAAUGUUUUGAUGGAUCAUGAAAAUGAAUGGCGAAAUUCAUGUGAUCGUGCCAGCGCCUGGAUAAGUGAACGGAUUGAUGAUGCUGAACUAGAAAAGGAAUUAUACUCAGCUUGUGAUCAAUAUUUGAUUCAACAAGGUGUUGAUUUAAUUAACAAAGAAGGUGGAAUUACAGAAGAGACUCAAGAAGAGGUCGAUGUUAUUGUACUUCAAGUUAGCGACGAAACACGUAAAGCCGUUCAUAAGAGUCUUCGUGAUGAUGUCACAGACGAAGUCGCUCGUACAAUUUGUAACUCACAAGAGAAAGAUGGAUCAUUUACCUUGCAUAAACAAAUUUCUGACCAUCUCAAAAUCCAUUCAAUCGAUAACGCUGUUGAAUCACUCAAACGUUAUGUAGGAAGCUUACACUUGAGAGGUUGUGACUCACCUUUAUGGUGUACAGCUCUUACAGUAACAUAUCUAAAAACCGUGUUGCCUGACUGUGAGAAAGAGUGGAAACCUGCCUGUGAACGUGCAGCAUCGUGGAUUAGUCAAAAAU